UGUAUGUAUUAUAUAUCAAUAAAAUUAAAUGAACCACGGAAUAUAAACCAGGUAAACAGACAGCUAUCCUACUAUCACAGAGCGCGCAUAGCUCGCGCAAAAUGUGGAAACACAGAGGAUUAUUUACUCUAUUGGUUUUAGUUGUUAAUCUGCCGAAAACAGUUACAGGUGCCAACACCGCCCCGGCAUGCACCACCACGACCGACAUCAUCAACUUGUCGGAAACAACCAUUACGGGAACGACGGUCGUCGACCUCACUCUAAAUUGCGCCGACGUCGACACCGGCGCCGACGGGACGCUCUCAUUUACCAUCACCAGUGGUAAUGGCGACGCAAUGUUUAGUCUGACUACCGCCGGGGUUCUUACUCUGGACUUAGCGUUGGACUACGACGGCUUUACGAGGGCGUAUAGUUUGAUUGUUUUGGUAAGUGACGGAGGAACACCCCCUCUCAGCCUCAGUAUAACCGUGAAUGUAUUUGUGCUGAGUGCCAACGACAAUGACCCAGGGUUCUUUGGUGGCCCUUACACGGUCACUGUGGACGAGAACGUGGCGCGGGGGGCUCUAGUGGCGCAGGCUAACCCGUACGACUUCGACCUGCUGGAGUCAUUCAACUUCCAGUCGACAUACUGCUCUAUACUGGCGGGAGCAGAUUCCAGCAAGUUUUCUAUUGACAUCACCACAGGAACCAUAACUCUGUUUGAGCCCCUCGACUUUGAGACAGCCAUUCAACACACCAUUGAGAUUGAGGUGUACGAUUUAGAUAUCUCGCCAGCUAAGACAGCCACAAGUACCGUCACCAUUGAUGUCAACAACGUCAACGACAAUACUCCGGUGUGUGCUCAGGUCACGUUCACAGCGACAAUGUCGGAGACGACAGCAGCAGCAACCACGCUUCAAAAUCUAGGGUGUACGGACGUGGAGGAUAUGAACCUGGUGUAUCGUAUCACUUCAGGAGAUACCGCCAAGUUUGAAGUAAACAAUGGCGAUGUGAAAACACUGACCACCAUUGAUGUGGAUACCGAGGCGACAAGCUGGACAUUGAUUAUCACCUGUAGGGACCGGGAUGCAGUCUUAAGGCUGACCACCACAGUGACCGUCCAUGUGUUUGUCAGCGGAGUGGAUGACAACAUACCGGUAUGGGCUGCUCCAGAAUCAGGAACCUACAGUGUAUGUAAUGUAGCGGUCAUUGGUGCACUUGACCGGGAGACAACAGAGACCUACACACUGACCAUCUCUGCCUACUCCUCCACACUGACCGCUAGUAAGAUCACCGGGACUCUGACCAUCACUGUCAAUGACCUCAAUGAUAAUAGUCCCGUCUUCACACAGGUUAUCUAUACUCCUGCCACAUCUAUAGCGGAGGACAUCACAACCAACACUGCCAUCCUGACAGUAACUGCUGCAGAUGCAGACAAACUGACCAAUGGUCAAGUCACUUACUCCAUCAGCAGUGGGAACACAGCUACUGGGUGUGUAAUGGCUAUUGAUUCAGCAUCUGGCCAGAUCACCAACACCGCCAGCCUAGACUACGAGAGUGCCACUUCCUGUACAUUGAUCAUCCUGGCCACAGACGGCGGUGCCCCUGCACUGGUAUCCACGGCAACAGCCAUCAUCACUAUCUCACCUGUUAACGAGGCAACACCUGAUUUCGGCGCAGACUUCACUGCAUCGUUUUCAGAAAGUGUUGCUAUAGGUACUUCUGUUACUGCAGCUGUUGCUACAGAUACUGAUGCAGGUAACGACGGUGUUAUCAAAUACUCCCUCAACACAUUUGGAACAGUAUUCAACAUAGAUGCCAGUAACGGGAAUAUCUACUUGGCAACAAAUCUUGACAGGGAGACAACCCCAUCCUAUGUGGUGGUAGUUCAUGGAAUCGACCAAUCAGGUACCACCAAGAAAACAGGAAGUGUUUCAAUCACCAUCAGCAUUGACGAUGCAAAUGACAAUACGCCAUCUUGUGCCUCCACAAUAUUGUUCAAGGAAUUGACGUCUGUCGCUGUCAAUGAUAUAGUGCACUCGUUGACUUGUACUGAUGCAGACACCGGGGUCAAUGCAGCCUUGACCUAUGCAAUCACCAGUGGCAACACUAACACAGACUUUGCAGUCAGUGCAACAGGUGUUGUGACUGUGGCAAACCUGCCAAGUCAGACCGAUUACCAGUUACAGAUUGUUGUCUCUGAUACAGGAGCCACGCCCUUAACGACAACUGUGUACCUCACCAUCAAAGUUUAUGUUGACCCCAUCUUUACUGCCUUACCGACAACAGAGUCUGUCAUCGAAUCCACAGCAAUCGGAACACUCAUACACACAGUGCUAGUAACUGUGGCAUCUGGUUUGAAAUCCUUCCAGAUGGUGAGUGGCAAUGCGGAUGGUAAAUUCAGUAUAAAUGCUGUGUCUGGUAAACUGUUUCUUUACGGUACAUUGGACAGGGAGACAACUCCGAGCUACAGUCUUGUAAUACGGGUGACGGACACGGUCAGCACCCUGACCGCUGACGCUACACUGACCAUCACAGUGACUGAUUUUAAUGACAUCACCCCAAGCUUCCCAAACUCUUUCUAUUCGCUGUCCGCUGUUGAGAAUGUGAUUGCUGGAACAAACAUGCAGAACCUGGCAGCAGCAGACACAGAUGUUGGAGUUAACGCCGACUUGACCUACACGAUUGUCAGCGGCAAUGCUGAGGGGAAGUUUGCAAUCAGUUCAACAGGGCUGUUGACAACAGCUAAUACCUUGGAUGCAGAAACCACUUCAUCAUACACACUUGUCAUAACAGCCGAGGACAACGGAGCGACAAAAUUAACUGGUACGACAACUGUAUAUGCAUCAGUGACUAAUGUCGAUGAAUUUCCAGUAACUUUCGGUGUUGCUGGAAAUGCCUAUACUGACACCCUGGCAGAGGACACAGCCACAGGUACCACAUUCUUCACCAUAAAUGCAUCUGACCAAGAUGUAGACACAGUGAUGUCCUAUUCCAUUACAGCUGGCAAUGCUGCAGGGAUUUUUGUGAUUGACUCCACAACAGGGGAAAUCAUUUUAUCAAAUUUUUUGGAUAGAGAGACAGCCGCAAGUCAUUCUCUGACAAUCACGGCAGAUAAUGGAGCAGGGACGACCCUAGAUGCCACACUAGACAUCACAGUUUCAGAUGUCAAUGAUAAUGAUCCAGAUUUUACUCCUUCGUUUGUAUACACAUUCAGCGUAGAUGAAGACCAAGGAGCGGGUAUCACUGUUGGAACGGUAACGUCGUCUGAUAUUGACAGUGGUGUUAACGCUAACAUCGUACUUUCAAUAGUUGGCGGUAAUACAGGAACUGCUUUCCAGCUGGUCGGUUCAGAUAUCAAACUGAUAGCUGCUCUGGACUUUGAAACAACACCAAAUUACAUCCUUCUCAUUCAAGCUCUUGAUCAAGGCACACCAGCCAGGUCGACAACGGCAACUGUGAAUAUCGCCGUCAACCCUAUCUAUGCACAACCUCAGACAGCUGUGACAAAUGAUGCUGUAACCAUAGCAGAGAAUACUGCACUUAAUACACUGAUUUACGACAUGGAUGCAACUGUACUUGGAGCUAUAGAGGGCACCACUGGUGAUCUUCAGUAUGUCAUACAAUCUGGAAAUGCUGAGGGGAAAUUUUCUGUCUCACUCUACACCGGAGAGUUGACAUUGGUCGGUGCACUUGACAGAGAGACAACAGCAAGCUAUAUCAUUGUCAUUCGAGCAGAGAACAGAAAUGAUGCUACGAAAAGAGACACUGUGUCUUUAACUGUAACAUUGACUGACAUUAACGACAGCGAUCCUGUGUUUAACCCUGUAUCGUAUACAUGGUCUAUAGAUGAAGGGCUUAUUGUUGGUUCUACACCUGGUACAGUAACGGCAACGGAUGCUGAUUCAGGGACAAAUGCUGCAAUAACUUUCUCAAUUGUUGCAGGGGAAGGUAACUCUGAUUUCACAAUAGACGGUACAACUGGAGUCAUCUCGACCACCGUGAUUCUGAAUGCUGCGACACAGGCAGGCUACCUCCUGACUGUGGAAGCCAUUGACGGUGGGACAACACCAGGCACAGGAACCAGUACCGUCGUUGUCAAUGUUAAUGAUGUCAAUGACCAGACACCUACCUUCGGUCAAACGACGUACAACUUUGAGAUCAGUGAGGGUGUUAGUGUUGCUGAAACAGUUUUUAAUUUCUAUGCCGCCGACAGUGACACAGGCGUUAAUGGUAGGGUCAACUAUAAUAUCGUAAGUGGAAAUGCAGCUUUAAAGUUCAACCUUAUAUCUACAAGUGGUCACCUGGUGAUGGCAAACACCUUAGACAGAGAAUCACUGAGUUCCUAUGUCCUCGUAGUGGAGGCGACAGACAGUGGUGCAACACCAAAUACAGGGACAACCACCCUCUCUGUCACGGUGUUAGAUAUUAAUGAUAACACUCCAGUGUUUGCCAUGGAUCCCUAUACGGCUAUUGUGUUACGGACGGCUGCCUCCUCCUCCACGGUGACAACUGUUGCAGCCACAGAUGCAGAUGCAGGGACCAAUGGUGACCUACGGUACUCCAUAGUGAGUGGAAAUCCUGAUAACCUGUUCCACGUGGAUUCCACUUCUGGUGUGGUGGCCACUCUAGGGCUGCUGACUGCUGCGGCAGACAGCCAUGCCCUGGUAAUCCAGGCAGAAGAUCAAGGUGUGGCUUACCGUUCAGCCACUACAACUCUCAGCAUUACUGUGGACCCAAUCAUUAGUCCUACUGUCAGUGAUUUUACCUUCACAGCAUCUGAGAGUGUUGCUACCAACUACAUCGUUGGUACUGUUACCACAAAUCCAGUACAUGCAGUAGGUGCCACAGUUGAUUUCACAAUCGUCAGUGGCAACCAGGCUGGCCACUUUCAGAUCGGCGGCACUAAUGGACAAAUUACAAUUGUUAACACCCUAGAUUACGAAACAACAACCGAUUUCUAUCUUCUGGUGAAUUUGAAAGACAGGACAGAUGCUACACUUGACUACGAUAAAAACAUCCAUAUCAUUGUGACAGACGCUAAUGAUCUGACCCCAGUGUUUAACCCGACUUCAUACACGAAAUCACUGGUAGAGAACUCUCCUGUAGGAGUUACAGUUUUCCAAGUCACAGCGACAGACAGGGAUUCCGGAACAAAUGCACAGAUGACCUUUGAACUCUCUUCAGCAGUUCCCUUGGCAAACACAUAUCUACAGAUUGACAGCAAUGGUGUCAUCACUGUGAAACAGGAAGUGGAUUAUGAAACUGUCACCGCCAUUGUUUUCGAAGUAUUAGCUAAAGAUGGAGGAACUCCCACAAAUACUGGUACUGCCGCUGUCACAGUAAAUAUUAUCAAUGUUCUGGACACUGCUACAGUGACAGGGUCAGCCUCCCAUUUCUUCUCCCUGGAGUGUGCAACUGAGGCAUCAAACGCUGAGGUGAUCAAGACUCUUACUGGAACAGAUUUUGGCCUGACAGUGGGAGCCACAGACACCCUGACUUUUGCCACUCUCAGCAGUGGUGGCGUUUUCAGUGUUGGGUCCACCUCUGGUGACUUUGCUGUACAGGAUAAGACCUACCUUUUCUCAGAUUCACGAUAUUUCAUGGACGUCAUUGCCAAGGUAACCACCACAGCCAAUGUGGUGACAGCUUCGUCGGGUCUGAUGCGUGUUGACGCAUUUGUUGCCAGUACUUCAGUAGUGGUGUUGACUCACAGCGUUGAUGUGGCAACUGUAUCUGCUCAAACUAACACCCUGCGUACAGCCCUCCAGACGCUGUUUCCUGCAACAACACGUUUGGAGAUCUGGAAACAUCAAGGUUCUUCUUCAACAGCGCGUCGUCGUCGUCUCUUGGCUACUGGAUCUGAGAGUCUGAUUUAUGUAGUGACCGACACAUCAGCAGACACGCUGGAUGGUCUGGAGACCGCCAAGUCAUUCCAGACUCAGUCAGAGAUACUGUCAGUUCUACAGCAGGCGGACGGAUCGCCUGCCACUGCCCUGUCCAGUGCGACCUUUUCGACCUUCCCUGUAACAGCCGUGAGCAGCUACACCUCCAGUAGUUCAACUACAACUAACUGGGCCCAGACCACAGUCGGUAUUGCUGUCCUCUCAACCAUCGGCUGCAGUAUCGUCCUCCUAGCCUCCAUAUUGGCCACAUACUUCUUCUGUACGCGGUCACGCAAGUACAGGUUGAAUGAGGAAGACAAAGCACAAGACAACAAUUUCACUGAUGCAAGAGCAGUGAAUAAAGAUGACCGACACCCUUUGGUACCUCAAUACAGUGACAGAGACAGUGUGUUUGGGAAACAACCAAUCACAGGCAAGACGGUGGAAGUGGAAUCGCCCCCUCCUCAGGCACACAUGCUGAAUGGUGUUGCUAGUGGUUACCAUCCAUCCAAUCAGAAGCCUACAAAAAAGUCUAAACAGGAUAUCAGCGUGUCUAUGAUGAACGGACAAUCCUAUGACAAUGUCACACCUGAGCACUGUGCACCUACCUCUUCCCCUGCACUCAGUGACCUUGUUCUCACCUCACUAGAUGACCUAGAUAAAGACAUUGUUCUCACAAAACCUCGUAUGCACAUCCUGGUAACCAUGGAUACCCCUAUUCCAUCAUGUGACCCUCCCUCCCCCGUACCACCCUGGAACGUUAGUUCUUCUGUCAGUCUCAAUAGUAAUCACCAUGACAGCAUUGAUGGUACCUCUCUUAGUAACCAUGGUGACCACGAUGUUAGUUGCUAUGGUAACCAAAAUGGAAGUAACCAUAUCUAUCAUGGGGAUAAAAUUAGAAUUGAUGAAUAUUUGUGUACAAAGGAUCAUGGGACUGUGAGAAAAGGGAAGACAGAUAGUCAAACUUCUGAUCAAAAUGGAUCAGCCAUUUAUAACCCAGAACAUGAGUUGAAACCAAGAGCGAGAUCUGCAUCACAACCUUGGGAUGUCUUACUCCGGAAGGCUGGAUUUGGUCUUCAGAGUCUCAGGAAAUCUGCACAGAUCAGACGGCCGCUGCCAAUGCCAAUUUUUAAAGAUAGCAAAAAUGGGUCAAAAAUGGAGUAUAAGAAAGACACAAGUAGCAAUCUUGAUAUAAUCAUUCCCAGGCCAAGCGGUAAUUGUAUGGAUACUCUCGAUCCAUUAGAUAAAGGUAGGACCAUAGGUUUUGUCAAGCCAAUGUACAGAGCACCUGUCUCUGUACAAUAUGUUAAGUCUAACGGAAAAAACGGUAUUACAAGUCCAAAACCUGGUCAAGAUGCACACCUCAACACCAAGAAUGCCUGGGCAAGACUUGUAGGCAGGAGGCCGACGAAGCCGACGACACAGGCAGGGAAACAGCUGGGGUGGGAAAAGAUGGCAGGCAAGAACGGUGUCUGCGAUCAGUAGGGACAAAGUUCCUGGUCCACUCUUCAGUAAUGGAGGCAAGAAAGGACCAUACAAAGAGCAGUCUGACCUGAGAUCGGAGGCAGGG